AAAUAGCAACAUCCUUCACUUUACAUCUGCCUCUUCUUCUCCACCAGUACUUGCUCUUCUUCAAUCCUCUUCCCUUUCUCUAUUUCCAUCUAGUCUUUCUACUCCCUAACGAGCAUGGAUGGCUAUAGAGAAGACUACUUAUGUUGCUAUUUCCAUCCCAAGGAAGUGGUUGUGGGGAUAUGUGCCCUUUGCUUGAAAGAAAGGCUCCUCUCCUUGGCUGCUAAACAAGGCCACCUUCCUCUAUCCAAGGACACUCAAAAGUCCUUCAGAGUCCUAAGGAGGAAGCCCAACAUCACCCUCCCUAAAGUCUUUGCUCUUGGUUCCUUCUUGCAUCGCAUCGAGUCCCGACGUCCUCGACCAGACGAUGGCUCCGAUGAAGGUUCCAUUGCCAGCCUUGAAGACUCCUUCAUAUCGAUCAAGUUUGAGGACAAUGGGCACGCUUCAUGGGAUAACAAGAAAGCAGCAAGCAUGAAUCCAACCAUGAACACCAUCAGCAUCACCACCGACAAGAUCCAGGCCCCCGGGAAGGAGAGACCAAGGAGCAUGGUGGAACAUGCAAAGGCUCGUGGGAUGCUGAGGUGGCGCAAGCGGAUUGGCCACCUUCUCCAGCUGGCGCGAUGGAAGAGGUCCAGCAAGGCAGGGACAUGCCAUGUGGCACUGGGGGGUAAGGUAGAGGGGGCGAAAGGGAGGAGAGGCUGGAUCAGGAAUCUAACAAGGAGGAGGACCGCCACCAUAGGCUAAGUUGGGAUAAACCUCUCACCUACUUGCCUUCCACCAAACUUGUGUGUCUUGUCACAAUUGGUACAUAGAUAUGUAAAUUUAUGUGCUUGUCUGAAAUAGAGUUUUAUUGACACUAUACUUGAAGAAUAUCAAGAUAGCACAUGGCAAGUUGUGAACUCCCAUGAUGAUGAGCUGCUCUUCUGUCUUUUAGUUAUUUGUUUGUUAUUAUUUUGCACUUAGAAGGGAUUAGAUAUUUUGGCUUCUUCUGCUC